UAGGUAUAAACAGCUGUUUUAUUAAUUUCAUAACCUAUUGCACCCAGAUUUAACUUUCUUCAAAGUUAUUGAAAGAAUUAACGAUGUCGAACUUUCUACAAUAUUUUCGUUUAACAGUUCAAUCGAGCCGUGCGUACGGAAAGCAUAACAAGAAAUAUUUGUUCAAAGAUGGUAAAAAAUAUGAAAAGAUCAUAUAUUACCCCAGGACUCCUGAGGAUGAAGACCCGCCUGUUGAACCCUCAAAAUUAUUUCGAGUACAACGAAUAAAACCAGUAAAAGGAAAUCCUUAUUGGGAAAAAAAAAUACUAAGAGAUCUUGGAUUGGACCAAAAACAAAGUGAUUUUACUGUAGUUAAAAAUAUACCUGAUAACAACGCCAGGCUUUGGAAAAUUAAGCAUCUUAUUAAAGUCACACCAAUUACUUUUCCUUAUGGCGAACCUACUGAAGAUGACACUAAACACACAUAUUUAAAGGAAAAUGGUGAAUGUAUAGUAACUAAAGACAUUGGUCCAAUACAAGAACGUUUGCAAGCGUCAAAUAAGUAUGAUUGCGAUCCAAAACGUUUAGAUACAGACCUGCUAAAAAAGGAUGCAAGACUUAAAUGGCUUAACCCAUGGUGAAUAAAAUAGCUCUUUAUAAGAGUAAAAAUAUGUUUAUUAUAAAAUCAAAUAUACUAACAAACUAUUUAAUUAAUAAAUGGGAUGCAUAACUUCAA